UUUUAAGAUGGGAGAUACAACAUCAUCGGAAGAUGUUCCGGAAAAUAAGCAAAAAUCACUGAAGUUUGAGAUUAUUGAUGCAAGAAUGAAGAUUUUCAAAGAUAUAGUCAAAAGUAAAUCAAGUGAAUCAGUGAAGGAGGAACAAAUAUAUCAGAAGUCUCUGGAAUUCUUUGAUGAAGAUCUCAAAAGUUCAGAAGAGUCUGUUUCCAAUGAAGAAAUUAAAACGGGUUCGGAAAAAGAAUUAGAACCAUUGAAUGUUUUUGAUAUAAUUCUGAUUAUGCUACAACAACUUCCGGAGCGAAAGAAACCCAUUGGAUCGCUUUUAUCAAAAUGGAUUCUGAUGAAUUUCAUGAAUUGGAUGCAAGAUAAGCAAAGCAUUAUGGAACAACAAAUGACAGAAUAUUAUCAAAAGAAGGCGGGACUUGCAUGUGUUAAGGAGCCAAAAAAUGAAGAAUACUUACUACAAAUCUUCAAGAUUUCAAAAGAAUUUGUGAUUGACUUGAGAAAAUCGAAAGUUCAAGAAUAUCUUGAAAAUCAAAAAUUCAAAGAAGCAGCUGAAAUUGUUAUGAAACAUGAAGUAGUUGAUGAUUAUUCAUUUGAACAAAUUACCCUUCCACUUAUCCUUUGUGAUAAGGUUCAAAUAGUUGAUGAACUUCUUAAAAUAAGUAAGAAACUUCAAAAAUCAUACAUCUCAUUUCUUGAUCAAUUUGUGGCUGAAACUGAUGAGACGGUCAAUGCAUUUUUUGAACCGUAUAAGGAAAAAGGAAUGGUUACAAUCAAUUUGAGCCGAUUUCAUGGAAAAUCUCUAACUAUUUUUAUGCAAAAGUUUUUUAAUGGACAAGUGAAACAAUUCAAGUUUGAUCUGGAGGAGAGGAGAGAUGCACCGAAAUUUGUAGCAAAUAUGAAGAGAAAGGCAUUGAAAUAUUUUGUUGGCAAGCGAUUUGAAGAUCACGAAAUGAAUGAUGAAUUGUUUUGUGAGCACAUGAAGAGUACAUUACCUGAAUGCACGGAUAAAACGAUAGUCCAGUUUUUGAUUUUAUUGUGGGACACUUGUAUUUAUGAAAGAAGAAUUGAAGCAUUGUUCUGGGCAACUUAUUCGAAUAUCGACCGUAAUUCAAAAUAUAUGCCACCCGAUUUAAAAGAAGAACUUGAAAAUCCAACUACCGAAAUGAAAAACGGUUUGGAAAAGUUGCAGGCAUUGAGAACAACAAAAAAUUGUCAGGAAGAAGACGAACAACUGUAUGUGUUUGAGGAACAAAAGAAAUAUCCUAUUCGAAUUGUGCAAAACGAGCAAGAUUUGGAAAUUCUGUUGUCUGAACUUGGAGAACUGGAAGAGGGGAUGUAUAUUGGAUAUGAUUCUGAGUUUAAACCAUAUCAUUUGAUAGAUGUUAGCACAUCAAGACUGGCAAUCAUUCAACUAUUUUUCAAGGAUAAAGCUUGGCUCAUAAAUUGUGUGGCAAUUGACAAUUUGGCAUCUCGUGAUGAUGUAUGGAUUAGGCUCUAUAAAGGUCUAUUUGAAUCAAACAAAUUUAGUAUAGUUGGAUUUGAUAUUCGACAAGACAUUGAAGCAAUGUUCACUGUUCCUUCCAUCAACAAAAAUUUCAAAAUUGAAAAUAUUCAAAAUGUAAUCUGUGUGAAAUCUCUGGCUGAAAAUGUGAAUGCAUUAUCGAUGGAUAUUUUGAAUCUCAGCACGAAAACAAGUAAAUUGUCAGUACUUGCUGAUCAUCUUGUUGGAUUGAAAAUGGAUAAAUCAGAACAAUGUGGAAAUUGGCAGUGUCGUCCAUUGAGAAGAAAUCAGAUAAUCUACGCUGUAAUGGAUGCGGUCGCUGUUUUUGAAGUAUUUCAAAAAAUAGUGGAAGUAGUUAGAAAACACGAAUUGGAUGCGGAAAAGUUGUUGGUCGAAUCACAUAUGAUUACUGUGAAGAAAGAAAAAGUUAGGAGGGAUUGUAAAAAUAUUAGUUUGAUUCCGUGGAAUGAGUUUUAUCAGAUUAUCCACACCCAUCGAAAUCCAGAAAAACCGCUCCAAAAGCCAUCUGAACUGAAAAUAGUGGUGGACACAAUGGUUCUUGGAUUGGGAAAAAAUCUUCGAUUACUCGGAUUUGAUGUCUACAUUCCACGUGAUGUGACAGAGUUGAAAGAGUUUUUGAGGAAAAUGGAUAAAAUGGAAGAAUCCGAACAAAGAUUAGUUAUCAGUGUUCCUUCGAGAAGUUAUGAAAUGUUGAAAUCAGAUAAUCCUAAUGCAAAGUUUGUAUUGAUUCCGAAUAUUUACGAAAAAGUACCCAUUGAUCUCGUUUGUUCAUUUUUUGAUUUUUUCAACAUUGAUAUUAGCCCAGAUCAAGAUUAUAUUAAAUUGAAUUGUUAAGUUUUAAUUAUUAAUUUAUUUAUAUGUACUGAUCGUGUUUGAUCUCUCACCCAUUUUCGUGUAAGAUGUAAAUUGUUGAAUAUCUCAAAAUUGUAAAAUCGAAAUCUCAUCCUAUUUCUCAAGAAUUGUGAAUGAACUCAUCUCUCGUUUUCCUUUUUUGUUUAAUUAAUUCAUUCACUCAAUUGGGUUGAAUGGCAGAUUUUUUUAUUAUCCAAACCCUGAAGUUUUGCCAUUUUUGUAGCGAAAUUACGGUACCUCAUCUCGAGACGACAAAUUUUUGUUAAAUGCAAGAAGGUUUGUGCCUUUUAAGAUUACUGUCAUUUCAAACUCUUGUCGGGGAAUUCUUUACAUUAAUUUGUCAAAGAAUUUCUAGAAAAGUUUUAUCGAAAACUGAAGUUACAGUACUUUUCAAAGGCACACUGCUUUUUGCUUUCAUCAAAAAAUUUUCGUCUUGAGACCAGGUACCGUAAUUUUGCCGCAAAAAGCUGUUUAAAUACCGAUUUAUAAUUGUGUUUACCCCUCCAUGUUCCGAAACUUUUCAAAUAAAGUAUUAAACUCAUUUA